AAACUUGGCACAGGAAGUGCUUCUACCUCGCCCCAGGCUGCGGCAGCUGGUUCCAGAGCGGGGCUAGCGCCACCGGCGCUUCCCCGGAAGGGCCACGCGGAACCUUAGGCGCCACCGCUGCCCUAAACUUGCGGGGGUGGCCCCUUGCCAGUCCCCGUAACUAAGCGGGAUAUUUCACUUGGACGAGCAGUUUCUCCCGAACUCCUGCCCACCCUCCGGGGAGCUAGGAGCUCCCAUCAGACAUAGCCAAAAAAAAAAGGAUCUUUGGGGAACCGGCUGUUAACAAUUGCCACCGUGCGCCAGACUCUUGUUCCGCGCAUUUAGACAGAGCUAUGACUCAAAGAAUCAGAUUCCGGUUUUGCUGUCUGAUCCGGGGUCUCGCGUUUCCACGGCUGCUUCUCUUUGGCGUGUCCUGCCCCAGCGUUGUCUGCUGCCUAUUGCUACCUGACCUCGAGGGAAGUGCCCACCUCUUGCUUCUUUCCAGAAACAAGUCGAAACACGAGCUGGGCUAUUGUGAGACAGAAGCUAAGUUAGCCUUGUCUCUCGACUUUUGGACUCUGUCCUCUGAGAACCUUUUAGCUGUGUUGCCAGUUGAUCCUGUUAAAGAAAAUUAUGUUCGUAAAGUGAAAAACUGUAUUUUUUCAAUUGCCGUCCCUACUCCUUUGAAAUCAAGAGUACGUCUUGUAGCAGUUUCAAAGGAAGUUCUAGAAGAUAUUUUGGACCUUGAUUUAUCUGUCUCAGAAACAGAUGAUUUUAUCCAGCUUGUGAGUGGUGAAAAGAUAGUAUCUGGAUCCAUUCCAUUGGCUCACAGAUAUGGUGGCCACCAGUUUGGGAUCUGGGCAGGUCAGCUUGGGGAUGGAAGAGCCCAUCUUCUUGGAACUUACAUGAACAGGCAGGGUGAAAAGUGGGAGCUCCAAUUAAAAGGCUCAGGAAAGACCCCAUAUUCCCGAAAUGGUGAUGGCAGAGCUGUACUUCGUUCCUCAGUGAGAGAAUUUUUAUGCAGUGAGGCUAUGCACUCUCUCAGAAUUCCAACCAGCAGAGUUGCAAGUCUGGUUGUAAGUGACAAUGAAGUAUGGAGAGAUCAGUUCUACAAUGGAAACAUUGUGAAAGAACGAGGUGCUAUAGUGCUGCGUGUUGCAAAAUCAUGGUUUAGAAUUGGAUCAUUAGAAAUUUUGGCUCAUUAUGGUGAACUGGAUUUACUAAGGACAUUAUUAGACUUCAUCAUACGGGAGCAUUUUCCCUCAGUAGAGGUCGCAGAACCUAACAGAUACGUGGAUUUCUUCUCUGUUGUGGUAUCAGAGACAGCACAACUCAUUGCCUUGUGGAUGUCUGUUGGUUUUGCUCAUGGUGUUUGUAAUACUGAUAACUUCAGUUUGUUAUCCAUUACAAUUGACUAUGGUCCAUUUGGUUUUAUGGAAGCCUAUAAUCCAGAUUUUGUCCCAAACACAUCUGAUGAUGAAGGAAGAUAUAAAAUAGGAAAUCAGGCCAAUAUUGGGAUAUUUAAUUUAAACAAGUUGUUGCAAGCUUUAAACCCAAUACUGGAUCCUAGGCAAAGGCAGCUAGCUGCUCAGAUUCUUGAGGGGUAUCCAGUUCUUUAUUAUACAAGAUUUAGAGAAUUGUUCAAAGCCAAAUUGGGAUUACUUGGGGAAACAAAGGGUGAUGAUGAUUUAAUUGCAUUUCUCUUACAUCUCAUGGAAAAGACAGCAGCUGAUUUUACAAUGACAUUUCGGCAGCUCAGCGAGAUAACUCAAAGCCAGUUACAGGAGCUCAACAUUCCCCAGCAAUUCUGGGCGCUGAAUAUGAUUUCAAAGCACAAGCUCUUUUCAGCGUGGGUAUCCCAGUACCUGCUGAGACUGAAGAGUAACAUGAAUGAUUCAGAUUCUGAAAGAAGAAAAAGAAUGACAACUGUUAAUCCUAGGUAUGUGCUGAGGAACUGGAUGGCAGAAUCCGCAGUGCGAAAAGCAGAAAGGAAUGAUUUUUCAGAGACACGUGAAACUAGACCACUGCCAGUACCAGCUUUUCCUUCUUGUUGCCUGGUCUCUCUUUAUCAGUAAAUCAUUGUUUCAUUUUUUAAAAUAAAAAAAUUUAAAUUAAAAAAAAUCCAUUCUUUAAUGGAUUUAAAAUUUUAAAGAUUCAUUUAUAUCAUAAAUCUAUAUUACUUAAACUACUGAGGGUUUGAUGCUGCUGCUUCUUGUUUAUGUUUUGGAGUUUUGGAUUUCAAUCUGUGGAAUCCAGUGAAGCCUGAUUUAAGGGUGCAUCUCCCCAGAGGGAAUUACUUUUGCUUCUACCGGGUGUCCAACGCACUAGCAAUGUGGGUCCACUUAAAUUCAUACUGACAACAGUGAAGAUAAAUGAACUGGGUCUAUGUGCAUCUGCAUGGAUGAAUCCCACAUGUAAUGUUAAGCAAAACAAGCAAGGGGCAAAGGAAUAUACCACAUGCUUAUUACCACUUAAAUACAGUGCAAAACAUGCAGAAUUGUAUGUCAUUUAGGGAUGCAUGUGUGUAUAACAAAAGUAACAAAAUGAAUAAAGAUGAUAAAUACCAUUUUUGGACUGUGGUUACUUGGAGGCAAGGAAGAAAUUUGCAUUAGGGAAGGAGACUCCUAUUGGGCUCCAGUCAUAUUGGAAGUAUUUGAUUUCUAAAGCUGAGUGGAGGAUAUACAAGUGUUCAUUGUAUUGUUCUGCAUACUUUCUUGUAUGCUUCAAAUACUUCACAAUCAGUUAUUUACAAUGCAAUGUACAUAAUUAUUUUUUUUUUUAGAAGAGGAACAGCCUUGGGGUGUCUGGGUGGUUCAGUCAGUUGAGCAUCCGACUUCAGCUCAGGUUGUGAUCUUGCAGCUCAUGUGUUCGAACCCUGCAUUGGGCUCUGUGCUGACAGCUCAGAGCCUGGAGCCUGCUUCGGAUUCUAUGUCUCCUUCUCUCUCUACCCCUCCCCUGCUUGCUCUCUCUCUCUAAAAAAUAAAAUAAACAUUUUAAAAAGUUAAAAAAAAGGGGGGGGAUGGCCUUGGUGUUCAUGCUGUCACUCUGUGCUGCACUGGAGUAGGUGUUAUGGAUGCUCCUGCCUUCUUUCCCUCAGAAUCAUUCUCUCCACAGAGUGUGCAUGGUCACUACCAACUGAUCAGGGCUGGCCUGAGAAACUAUUUUUGCUAUUUCUAAUUUGGAACUUGCAUUAACUUUAUAUUUCAGUAGUUCAAUUAGCUUGACAGAUCUAGGUUUUCAUUUUAGAAAAUAUUUUAAAAUAUCUUUUUUUCAAUGUUUGUUUUUGAGAGAGAGAGAGCGCGAGCGGGGAAGGGGCAGAGAGAAAGGGAGACGCAGAAUCUGAAGCAGGCUCCAGGCUCUGAGCCAUCCGCACAGAGCCCCACUCAGCUCAGAAAGAUGGACAACAGGGGGCGCCUGGGUGGCUCAGUUGGUUGAGGGGCCAACUCUUGAUUUCAGCUCAGGUUAUGAUCUCACGAUUCAUGAGAUGGAGCCCCAUGUGGGGCUCUGCGUUGACAGCAUGGAGCUUGCUUGGGAUUCUCUCUCUCCCUCUCUUUCUCCCCCCUCCCCCACUCAUGUGCACACUCUCUCUCUACCUGUCUCAAUAUAAAUAAAUAAACAUUAAAGAAAAAAACUAAAAAAGAACUAACUAAAUAAAAAGAUGACAGAAAUGGCUUACCAGCAGGGCAGCAUCGCCUCCUCAUUUGCAGGAGUUCAGUCCAUGCCAGUAGCCCGGCACGGCAGUGAAGCUCAGGUGUGCACAGACGAGGUCCACACUGGGAAGACGCACGGAUAGCCCUGGCUUAAAAGCUUCAUGCUCCAUAGAAACCAGUAUCUCUUGUAACAACUGCAUAGGCAUAGUCUCCAGUGUCCCCAUGAGCAGCCUGCCUUAUACCGAGUCACCACACUAGAGAAAGCCCAAAACACGCUGUCAGGUAUUUACAGUUUUCCCAUCCAGAUGCUACUUGUCAGUCAUAAGCAAUGUUAUAUGGUGACAUAGUUGUCAUACCACCUCAUCAAGUUACCAGGGGAACAGAGCCAGACAGUUAAUUCAGGGUUAAAUUCUCAUGCAGGAAAGGAAAAAGAUUUUGUUAAACCUUUAUAUGGGUAACCGUUUACACACACAACUUGUGUUUACCUGUUUGCAUCAAACACACUUCUUGAGAAUCUACUCUAUGCAAGGUGCGGUGAAGAAGUAUAAAAAUGUAUUCAGGGAGAUUUUUAGCCAGCAAGUGAGAGUAGAAUAGGCAUAAAUAAGACUAACUUUGGUAAAAGUGUAUGUAUAGAAAGAACCCUGGGGGAAGUUGAGAGGGGCUCUAAAAGCACCAUAUUGAUGAUGAUGCUGUCUUCCUAUUAAAUAUUAGUAAUACAGUAAUACCCUCUAUUUGAUCUCUUGGUACUUUCUUAGUAUAGACAAUCAUGCACCUUUUUCUAUCAAUAGAUCUAAGCAUUCCUUUAUUAACACCCAAGGAAAUGAUAUGCACCAAAAAUACCAAAGGAAAUGCACCAAAAAUAUAUUUUAACUGAAGUAUGGUUGACAUAUAACAUUAUAUUACUUUCAGGUGUACGACAUGAUGAUUCAAUAUUUGUAUAUACUGUAAAAUGAUGACCACAGUAAGUCCAGUUAACAUCCAUCACCAUACAUAGUUACACAUUUUUUUUUCUUGUGAUGAAGUCUUUUCCAAUCUACUCUCUUAGCAACUGCUAUACUGUAUUAUUGUUAACUUUAGUCACCAUGCUAUACAUUACAUCUCCACGACUUAUUUAUUUCAUAACUGGAUGAGAAGAAACAUUUAAAUCCUAGAAUUAUUGUUGAAAGAGGUGUGUUUUUUGAUGCCUCAGUUUAUUACCAUGGGUCAAAGUGCAAAUGAGGAAGUGGCAUGAGUUGGAAUCCAUGCCCUUGCUUUGGAAAGACUGCAAACCACUGACACUAUUUUCUUUUUGUAAAUAUUUUAGAAAAUUAUAAUUCUCUUAAUUCUGUGAAAGAAUUGCUGAAUUAUCAGGAUAUAUGUAUGUAUGUGUAUAUGUGUGUGUGGAUAUA